AGAGACAGACAGACAGAGACAGACAGACAGACGGGUGGAUAGAGGAAGUUGGAAAAGAGACUGAGCGAAGGAAGGAGAGUGUGUGGGAGGAGGAGAGGGAAAGUUGGGAAGAGGCGCCGCCCUCAGUCCGCGAGCGGCGCUGAGUGGGUUAAUGGUGUCCGCGGGGGUCGCGGUGUGGCCGCUGCUCUCUCUCCUCUGUCACUCCGGAGUCCGGUGUGUGGACACAAUCCGAGGAUCCGUCCCGCAAGUCAGAUGUCCUGAGGGCUUGUCCUGUGAGGUGAAAGAUAAACAGCUCUGUCUCCCCGGGAAGGACAUCCAGCAAGUGUCAGGACGAGUCCUGCUUCUCUCAGGCCUGAGCACCUCCAGCGUGCUGCACUGUGAGAGCCCUGAGCUGUGCUCCCCGUGUGUGCAGGUCCACGUCAACCUCUCCGUCUCUGUCUCCAUCCCUGACUCCAGCUCCAUCUCCAGCUCCGGUCUCACGAGGGGCUUCAGCGGAAAUUGGAGCAAGUCCAAUGGAAACAUGGGCAGCACCAGGGGAGAAGGAAGUGGGGAAGCUGCUGGUGAUGAUGAUGAAGACACGAUGGUAAUGUACAUCAUGUCCCACCAGGAUGAGGGGGGAAAGCACAGCUGUGUGGAGCUCCAGAUUGAGCUGCCUCCCCCCAAGCCCAGGCACAACAGGGCAGGGGAGGAGGGGCCUGUGGGCACCGUGGAGUUCAGCUGUUUCCCAGCAUCCAUGAACACUAACGUUCUGAUAACAGUUUUCACAGACCCCAAAUGGGAGGAGCCUUGGAACCUCACACACAAAGUGCCAGACUGUUCUGUGAAGGAUUUCUUGAAUAUUAAAUCGUGCGAAGUACCGGAGCCCUGCGUUAGGCUGGAGGACGUGGAACAGAGAGCUGUGGUGAUUGUUCCUGACAAUUACUUCCUGAGGUUCCUGUAUGAUGUGAUGCCAGAGUUUGAGAGCACAAAUCCCCAGGACUCCGGCAAACUGAAGGAGACCGAGGUGCAACGGAGCUUCCGAGACAUUGUCCCUUGUCUAUGUAUCGAGGUGUGGUCAGCGUCAAUGGCAGACGCCUGGAGACGAAGAAAAUGUCCCUUUUCAAAAACCCCAGGGUUCAGGGGGAACGUGUGGCGACUGAGCCGACUGCAGGUGGAGGCCAGGGGCUUGGCGCUGCAGUGGACAUUCUCCGCCCCCUGUAAUGUGUCCGGCCACAUCACACUCUGCUCCAGGUCACAGAGCGGGGAGUGUCAGGAGGUCAGCGGCUCUCGGCAGCAGCUUCAUAUUAAUACACUGAGAGAGUUCAGGGACGUGGAACCACACCCUUCGCUCUGCGUGCAGGUUAUCUCGGAACCUUACAUCAAUCUCACAUGUCCUUUUGAGACCCCUGUCCCGUGGAGCGUGGACAUGCAGUUGCUGGUGAAAAACGUGACACUGAUUGUCCGACACCCGACCAGGAUGGACUUCUCAAUGUGUGCACUGAAUGGAGACGAGUGUGAGCUCCUCACACCCACGAUUCAGGAGAUGGCUGAUGGGAAGCACUUUCACAUUUCAAACCUGUCUGCUCCCCGCUGCCUGCAGAUCUGGAGAUCAGACGUGUCCGGGGCCGGUGGCCGCUGGCUGUUGCUGUUGCUGUUGCUGUUGCUGUUGCGGUGGUGGCGGUGCUGCUCGUCGCUGACCGGAGGUGGAGAGUGAAAGGUACAGACACAUCAGCUGUGGCCCUGACGUUCAAAUACUGGGAACAGCGCAACUUUGCACAUGAAA